UCCAGGACACUCUAGAAGUCGACGGGUGUGGAAAGGGAGGCGGGCGCCUUCCUGGAAAAGAAGUGGGUCGGGCUCAGCCGAAAAGCAAGCCCAGCACCAGAAGAAUCUUCCGGAACUGGAUGUAAAAAGACCUUUCUUCCUGGAGCUUUCCGGACUCAAUUAGAUGUUGUACCAGUCUGGUUACCCUGGUAACAGGCGUCGCGGUUUGUCAAGAAACCGAGAGAAGAGUCAUGUCUUUCCACAGACUUAGACGCCUAUUCAUCUCAAUCAUGGAGUCAUCCUCGAAGGGUCUGCUCACCCAAGUUACUCAAUUCUGGAACCUCCUAGAUGAUCUGGCUGAAAGUAACCCUGAGAGCUAUGAGAAGUUCAUUCAACAGCAGCUGAAAGAGGGGAAACAGCUCUGUGCUGCUCCAGAACCACAGCUCUGUCUACAAACCAGGAUCCUGAAACCGAAAGAAAAAAUACUUUUUAUCAACCUAUGUCAGUGGAAAAGGAUCCCAGCUCCCCAGUCAGCCACUCAUCCAGUACCUCUAAGUGUUGGCAGACCAGAAGAUAUGUCUGAGACAUCAGAUAUUUACACAGUCAUUGAUGUUGCCUACCAUCCUGAUGUUCUCCAGGCAGCAGAAAAAGACCAAGUGAAAAAAGAUCAACUAAUACGGAUGGCCAUGAAAUGCAUUGAGGAAAAACUCCAAUUCUCUCUCUCAAACUCUUACCAUGUUACCAAAUUUAGAAUAAAAGGAAGUGUUCACAGAAUGAAACAAAAUCUGAUGGGAAUCCAAACUGAUUCCACAGAUUUAAGAGAGAAAAUGAGAAAGGAACUAACCCUUGAACAGAUAAGAAGCAGUACUGUGAGCAAUUCAGAUCAGUUUCCUCAACUUUUACUGCCAAAAGAUGAAGUUUCAAGUAAAACAAGGUGUCUGAUAGAAGAGAUUUCUAGUACAGAGAUUGAAGUGGAGAUGAAGAGACCAGCCUAUGAAUUAAAAAUUGUGGCAGAUCAGAAUGAGAAACCUCUGAAAAUUGAAUUAAAAGUUGAACUGCCUGGUAUUAAUUCAGUAUCUCUCUGUGACCUUAGUGUUUCUGAGGAUGACUUAGUGAUCGAGGUUUCUGAGUACAGAUUACAUCUGAAUCUUCCAGAAUCUGUGGAUACUGAAAUGACUACAGCAAAAUUUAUCAAAGAGAAAGCUACAUUAAUUGUCACAAUGCCAUUGGUCUCUGGCAGGAGUCCAAGCCACCCAAGCCUACCUACCUUUUAAUAUCAGAUAUGGACUUGUCUGUGGAUUAGAUACGAUGCAGUAACAGUAAUUGGAUGUUGUUACACGUAAGACACAAGAUACAUUCAACUCUAAUAUAAGAAAAAGGAGCUGACUUUGGGACAAGUGCCUUUCUCCUAAGAAAAUAAUUUUUAAAAUACAGAAGUGAUGUACAUUUUAAACUCCCAUUCAUCUGUCAGUUCAUUGUUCAAUACAAAAGUAUCAACUUUCCAAUUUAUAUCCUAAGUAAGGAACAUUC